UGUGUGUCAUACCCUAGCACCAGCUUGCCUCCUUACCCGCCUUGACCACCGCUUCCCUUUGUGUUUUCAGCUUCUGGACCGGCACUUUCGUGCUCCCGUCCGAGUACGGAAUGUUCGUUGAGGAGUUCAAGCGCUCCCCGGGGGCGGUGUGGAUCAUGAAGCCCAUCGGACGGGCACAGGGGAGGGGGAUCUUCUUGUUCAACAAGUUGAGUCAGAUCAGCGAGUGGAAAAAGGACCACCGAUGGAAAGCGGACCAACCCCAGGCCGAGGCGUACAUCGCACAGCGGUACGUGGAGAACCCGUACCUGAUCGGCGGUAAGAAGUUUGACCUCAGGCUGUACGUGCUGGUGACUUCCUUCAACCCCCUCACGGUGUGGCUCUACAACGGGGGUUUCGCGCGUUUCUCGGGCACAAGGUACUGCACCGACAGGGCGGCGCUGGCUAACCCUUACGUGCACCUCACGAACGUGGCGAUCCAGAAGAAGUCGGAGGACUACGACAAGGAGGUCGGCUGCAAGUGGGACCUGCAGAGCCUAAAGAUGUUUUUGACCCUCAAGCACGGUGCUCGCGCCGUGGACGAGCUGUUCUACGACAUGCAGUGCCUCAUCACGAGAUCGCUGCUGUCGGUGCAGAAGAGCAUCAUUCACGACAAGCACUGCUUCGAGCUGUACGGCUACGACGUCCUCGUGGACGCGGAUCUCGAGCCCUGGUUGCUGGAGGUUAACGCCUCUCCGAGCCUGAGCGCCGAGAACGCUGCCGACAAGAAACUCAAGACUCAACUCAUUUCCGACGUCCUGGACGUGGUCGACCUCGAGGGUAGGUUGGAGGGCGACGAGCAGAGGGUGGGAUGCUUUCGCUUGAUCUGGGCGAACGGCCCGACGGACACGCGGGCGGCAGGGGGCUACUCCACCUUCCUGGGCACGGAGAAGCCUCGGGCCGCAGUCGUCGCCACCGCCGCGCCCCCUUCGCUCAAGCCGCGGCAAGCGACGAAAACGAUGACGGGGUCACCGGCGGCGGCAGGAGGGGGGGCGGCCAGGGGGAAGGGAGGCGGCACCGACGAGCGCGCCGUGUCCGACCCAUAAUCUGCCUAUGUACGGAUGUCUGGGAGGUUUUCUUCACGGGGAUGCAGAGCACGCGCAGCCGCCCGCUGCUGUUGCUGCUGCGAAAAGCGUAUUACAUUGUAGAGGGCG